ACACAAAUUCAUCAAAAUAUUUGUACAAGUUUAGUAAUUAGCUAGUUACUUAAAAAUGAUUGAUGCUAGGGUAAUUUCUUUUCUUAUUUUGUUGAAUUUAGUGUUUUUCACUUGUGUUUCAUCUCAUAAUAUACCAUGCCCUCCAACACCAACAAAAGCACCAUCCAAGUGCCCUAAAGAUACCCUAAAGUUUGGUAUUUGUGGAGAUUGGCUUGGGUUGGUUCAUGAAGUCAUUGGAGCAAAACCAAGUAGCAAAUGUUGUGCUCUAUUAGAAGGAAUAGCAGAUGUUGAAGCUGCUUUAUGCCUAUGUACUGCCAUAAAUGCCAAUGUUUUGGGUGUACUUAAGCUUAAAGUUCCUAUUGCCAUCAGUGUGGUUCUGAAUUCUUGUGGAAAGAAAGUGCCAAAAGGCUUUAAAUGUGCUUAGUGGUGUAUGCAGGAUUUUACACAAGCAGUAUCCAUCUAUUAUCACAAUUCUACUUUGUAAAUGAGUUUGAGUCUAAAAGUAUGUUGGUUGUCCUGUGGCUUUUGUUCCUCACAAAUUGUUAGUGUUUCCUUUUGUAUUAUUUUCAUGCGGUAUUUGUUUCACUGAAUGUAUAUGUAUCAUUCAAUUUAGGUCGAAUUCAUAAACAAAUUUCAAAAUUUGUUGGG